AUGGAAGUCAAGGGGGUGACCACCUUAUUUUCCCUACCUUGUCGUUGGCAUCAAUUGUCUCUUGGACCACACCCCGGUUCCCAGUCCGUCCCAAUCCCAAAGACAACCACCACACCAGACACGACAGGGCAGCCGGGGGACCCAGCCAAAGGAGCCCGGUCCCUUGUCUGGUGUGUGUCUGGCCUGUCUUUGCGUGCAAGCUCCGUUUUACGAGCUGGACAACGCCUGAGGACCCAGCGGAUGGCCUCGGUGGAUUUCAGCGGGCCGGGGUGUUCCCUGUCCUAUCCACCAGUUCUCCCACACGUCUCGAAAAACGGAGGAACGGAGCUUGCGUGGGCGCGGCAGGUUGCUGGCGUUGUCGCAGUGGUCAGAGAAGUCGCUGAACGGUAUCACGGUACUCGAGGCACCCUCAGCACGGACGCCCGAGAGAUCCAGCGACACAGCGAGCGAGCCAGUCCUCCGGGCGAGAAGAGCCACGAUGUUAUUGUCGAAGGUCGACUGCCUGCCUAUCCUGCCGUGGCUGCCAUGCACCCGUCGCGGAAUCGCCAGCCGGUGCCAUGUGAGGCCAGCCAGUGUCUGUCUGGGCUGUCAAGCAAGUGUCAAACUGUCAGGGCUUGGGGCCUUCCUAAAACUGAUUCGAUGGCCUCAGACGUGCGUACGGAGGGUGCCAUUCCAGAUAGGCAUUGGGCAAUCAGAUUGCUGCUGGCUGGCAAAGACUUGAGAGGGUUUUCUUGA